AUGCCAUGUCAACCCGCCCCUCAAGACUUGCCCCACUUUCUUCACACAGGCUCCGAUUGCAUUGGUGAACAUCCUCCCCCGCCGGAUCUUCUUCAACCAUGCCUUUCUUCAGCUGUCUCAUGUACGGACUUGCUGGCUGGAUGCUCCGGAUAUGGCCGGCCAGCGCUGCGGCUCAGAGUCUUCAAGUGGCUGGGCACGACGUUGAACUAUAGCCUGGACGCGCGUGAGAGUAUAGCACUCAGCGUAGCCUCCACACUUUCCUCUCAAGUCAACACAUCCCAGGGCGUCACUAAGAGCAUACCCGUCGUACAGUACCUCGCGGGCUAUUUCUCUGCUCUGGCGCUCCAAGACUAUCACACUGGCAACUCCACCUGGAAUGUCGAUGUGACUCAAGAUAUCCGGACAUACUAUAAUCAGUAUGGUAUCUACGGCGACGCCUUCAAUGAGAGCAGCGAUGCUGGUUUCCGGGGCCUCGCAUUUUACUACGCAUACAGAACUUAUAAGGAAGAGGACCUGCUGGAUACUGCAAUCACCAUCUACAACAGGAUCAACGAGACCGCUUUCAUCACUCCGAGCGCUGCAGCCAGUGGGACAGGUGUAGGUCGCAAUGUCUCCUUCAACCUGCCUGCGCAGUGCACAGCAGGCUCAUUCGCGGGUGGUGUCUUCAAUAACACGGUGCCUAACGACAUCACUGUGUGCGCGUCGUGUACGGGGCCCUUCCUGGCGUUAUCGGCCUAUCUGUUCGAAGAGACUGGCAACAACUCAUACUACAACGCGGCACAGCUGUCCGUGGACUUCAUGCAGAAUCAUAUGUGGGACGGGUCGGUCGUUGUCGAUACCUUCGACUUGGCGGAUUGCUCUAUUGCGUCGAAAGCAUUGACGUUCAAUCAAGCCAACUUCAUAGAGGGCUUGGCUGUGCUGGCGAAUGUGACACAUAAUGAUACUCUAACAUCGUUCUUGGGAACCGUCGUGGCCCGCGUGACCACUAAUGCGGCGUGGUCGUCAAGCAGCGGUGUCAUCACCGAGUACACAGAUCCUUCGGACACGGUUAAUUGGGGCCGCAAUCUCAAAGGCGUCUUCAUCCGGGCUCUCUCAGAAGCGCGCAUGCGGAACCCAGGUAGCGAUCUCGCCCGUUACAUAGAGGCAUAUACCAUGGUCAACUCCAUCCUGUCCAACGCUCGCGGCUCAGGCUCAAACGCCAACUUUUACGGAGUGAACUGGGCCGGGCAACCAGCGACGUCGUUUAGUGCCAUAGGGAACAUCGCUGCUUUGGAGGCAUUGAACGCCGCGCUACCGAAGUUGAAUUCAUCCAGCGGGACACACGGGAACCCCAUUGCAUCUACGACUCAGAGCGCCACUGCGACUUCUACGGCCACUGCGACUUCUACGGCCAUUUCGCCGAAACAUGCCACGUCGACGCCUACGGGGGCUGUCGUAGGCGGCGUGGUAGGCGGCAUUGUCCUCCUGAGUACGUUCGCAGCGGUCUGCUUGCUGUGGAGGCGUCGUCAGCUUGGGCGCGCUAUGAUCCGGCUGCACGCCGGCGCCAACAGCGGAACCUCGGUGGACAGCGUCGACCCGUUCACCUCCCGCGCACCGUCAGACCAGAUUCAAUCCAAAUGGCGCGAGUUAUAUGCGCCCAGUCAGCCACAUACGGAGCCGAUGCAUAGGCCGGAAGGAGAUGGCGCGCACUUGGGAGAGAGUGUGCAGCGUACGGGUGACGAGGCCCACGUGCGAGAAGUACUGCAAGCUGAAGGAGAGCCUCGCGAUCUCGCGGAAGUGCCUAGCCUCAUCGGGCGCUUGUACAACUUGCUGGGUCGCCAAGGGGAUCCACCUCCCGCGUACGCGUCCUGA